AUGUCGAACGUUAUAAAAUUUACACUAAAACAGGUUAUGCCUGUAUCAAAAUAUUUUUCUUCCUUUCUUAACUCAGUUUAUAAUAAAAAUGCGCGACAAUAUAGCAGCAGUCACAAGAAUACAACAAAUGCACAUAAUAUUUACGAACAAUUUACUGAUUGGGAAACUUUGAAUAAGAAGAAAUCUAUUAGCAAACCUAUGAAGGCUUAUUUGGAACGAGCAAGAGAACAUGAUGAUUUCAUGAAAAAGCAACAAAUUGAGUACAACAUCGGUAAGAGGCAUCUAGCUAAUAUGAUGGGUGAAGAUCCCGAAACAUUUACACAAAGAGAUGUAGAUAGAGCAAUUGAAUAUUUGUUCCCUAGUGGUAUUUACGAUCCAGCAGCCAGACCGUUAAUGAAGCCACCUGAAGAAGUUUUUCCAGCUAGAAAAGCGGCUGAGUUUGAUGAAGCUGGGCGACCUCAUCAUUUCCUAUUUUAUACUGGAAAGCCAAACUUUUUUAAAUUACUUUAUGAUGCUGCAGAACAUCUACAAAACUUGUAUAAAUUUGAAGAGAAAGUAAUAAGAAACAAAGCCACCCCAGACCAAAAUAGUAAACUAGAACUAUCAUCAAGUGUUUGGGUUUCCAAAGAUCAAUUAGAAAUAAUGCUUGUAGAAACAAUUUCAGAUCUGGAAUAUGAUAAUUUUAAGUUAGUCAUGGAGAGGUUAGUUUCUACACCAUAUUCUUACAAAUGCAUUGAUUUCAUUGAGAACUAUAGGAAGCCACUUGCCUCUCAGAAAUUUGCAUUAGAGAUACCUAAGCCCAGUUUUGAUGAAGAAGGUAGAGCAUAUAUUACAACAUAUGAAUGUUUAAGGAAGAAAGCAAGAGGGGAUGUAACCAUUCACUCUCCUGGAACAGGAAAAAUUAUAAUUAAUGGUAAAGACAUAACCUACUUUGAAGACAUACAGUCAAGAGAGCAAGUAAUAUUCCCCUUAAUAUUUACUGGCCUUCAGAAUAGUGUGGAUGUGGAGUGCAACAUCGAAGGUGGAGGUCCUUCAGGGCAAGCUGGGGCAAUAAGAUGGGGCAUAGCUUGGGGCCUACGUAGUUUUGUUGAUAAAAGUAUGCUUGAAUCAAUGCAAGUUGCUGGUUUGCUUACCAGAGAUCAUCGUAGAAGAGAAAGAAAGAAGCCAGGUCAACCCGGUGCUAGGAAGAAGCCUACAUGGAAGAGGAGAUAG